GUAAUAUAAAAGGCCCAUGCAGAGGCUGUAUCAAUUCAGGUUGCAUUUAGACAGAGGAUGUAUAGUCAACUGAUUCUUAUUUCCUUCGCUUUCCUUGUGGUAAACAUUGACAAUGUAUUUUCACGAAGAAAUCGUAACAGACGUCCAGGCGAGGAUGAAGGCUCACACUCAGGGGGCAAACAAAAUAAAGUGCGUCUUAAUAUACCACAACGGCUCCUAGGUUACAAAUUUAUUGGAUGUCUUGUUGACAAUAGAGCCCGAAUGUUAGAUGUGAAACAUGUAGAUAGAAAAAUGACGCUACAAAAAUGUGCCAAAUUGUGUUCCGAAUAUAGCUUCUUCGGUGUACAGUUUUCUAGACAAUGUUUUUGUGGAAAUUCCCGCGGUAAUAAGCGAGUUUACAGAAGACGACCUAGACGAGAGUGUAGUUUUCCUUGUGCUGGAAACAAGAAACAAAGCUGCGGUGGGAGGUGGAGGAACAUUGUGUAUUCAAAACAAGAAUCAUGUGAGUAA